AUGGCGAUAUGGCCGUUUGGUCGCAAGAGCAAGCGACAUACCGUGCAGCUGGAUACCGAAGCUGCCGGAGAUGUCGCCGUGCCGCACGACACUCGCCAUAGCUUCGACGAGGGAAAGAUAAGCCGGAAACCAUCUCGCAAGCAAUCCAAACGACGAAAGAAUCGACAGUCACUCCCCGUGGGAGAUUACCCGAGCAACCUGCGCGACGUUCCUUCUCCCCCACCACCUACAUCUACCCAUUACACGCCUUCUGCCGCGCAGAGCGAGAAGAACCGACCCGUGAAACCGAUCCCACACUCCUAUACUGCUCCAAACCUUGACUCGCAAACGAUCGCCCGAAAACCGUCACUUCGGAAACCACAGCGCAACGAGGGUCCUGCGGUGCUGAAGAAAAGGCUCAGCAAACGAAAAGCCUAUGAAAUCGCCCGGGAGCGCGAGAUUCGAAUGAUGGCGUCGCUGCCCAUCGAUAUUCCCCGUCGCUCUACCACGCCUGCAUAUGGCGAUCCAAUGCAGCUCGAUGGCCGGCGAACGAAUAGCGCUCUGAGUCGUCGCUUAGACCGUCACCGUUCUGAUAUCAGCCUGUCAAUCCAAGAGUCGCCGCACUCGUCCGUCUCCGAUUUCUCCGAGACUUAUACCUUCAAGGUCAAUGGCUUUGCAGCUUGGACGCCGCGUCCCGUCAUUCGCUAUGUGGAAGCUCCUCGAACCUCAAAUUCCAGGAACAACCAAAGGACACCCGAGUCCGUCGACCGGAGGACGAAGUCGCCAACUUUAGAACCGUCUGAGGAAAACCUGCGUUCGAAGCAGCGGAUUGAUGAGCUGGCCGACGAUCUUGACGCUGGUGCGCUGAGAGAGUUGAUGGAGCGAGACCGGCGACGUCGGGAACGAAAGGAAAUCCGAGACCACGAGAGACUUGUUCGCAAGCUGCAGCGCAACGCUAAGAAAGUGCCAAAGCCUGUCGCAGUACCUGAUACUCCCGCACAAGAUGGCCAGGACGAAACUGAAAACAUCCACGAUGCCGAACGAGGCCGCUCCGACCCGCAGAACCAAUCCGAAACACAGCCCACACCCCGAGCGACCGAGGCGUUCUUAUCAGGGGAGCCUGAAGGUUCUUGGCUACGAGACACCUCUAGGGGCCCUGAGAGAGACGGGCGUGAAACUCCAGAAAGUGUGCAUGUCGUUGGCAACAUCGAUGACAGCUCCAUCCGGGAGCUUAAGUCUAGCCAGCGACUCAGCUUCGGUCCUUCUCAAGACAUGGCCAUGUCACGCAGCACUCUGUCCCCUUCCCUUUCGCCCUCCCGGCACGGGCUGAGCAGCCAGGACUCCUCCCAAUUCUACCGAAUGAACAGAGAGUCGGCCUCUGAUAUUUCGCGGACUGUUGAUUCCGAGCGACGAUUAUCUGACGCCAGCGGUGGGCGUGUCAGCACCAUCACAUCCAUAUUCCGUCGAGGCAGCUCGCGUUUGAAGCGUAGCUACCGAGAACGUUUUCCAGAUCGCAGCCCUCCAUUGAACAAUGUUUCAAAUGAAUCAUUCUUCAAGGUCAACACACACACGCAGCCACCGGCACCCUAUGUUCCUCCGAAAGUUUUGCUUGGUCCAAGCUCCUUCAAGCGUUCGCAAUCCAAGUUCACCGAGCACUUCGGUGACGAGCCCCUCUCACCACCCGACUCACGUCUCCAGUCUCCUGAUAUCCCCGAGGACCAAGCAUUGGUCGAAGACCAAGUGCCGGACCUCAAUUCGCGAUCUUACUACCCUAUCCCCGGCGCUGGAACAGAUGGUCGCAGCAACAAACACGACUCUUGGACCGGAGGCUCUGAAGAUGAUCCGGAGAACCUACCUUUGUCACAGUCUUUGGCAUCAAUAGACUCUGAAGGGUCAUGGAUGUCUGGCCAAUUUCUGCGCCGCAUCUCCCAGAAGCCGAGCAACUCCGCCCGACAAAGUUUAAACUCUUCUCGGUACAAAACAGACGACGGUCUUGAAAAGUUGAGCAAGACUGAUGAGACCUUGAGUGACCCGCAAUCCAUCGCCUAUGGGGCUCUCCCGGUCGAAGCGAGCGGGGAAAUCUCCAAUCCUACCAACGACCAAGACGGGAACCUCGUUACCCCUCACCAGCCUGGGCAACUGGAGGAGACCUGGCAUGAGGAUAUUGGGAAGCGACCCGUGCUUGUGAAUCCAACGAUGCGGCCCAAAUCUACGCAAGGGCUACUUAAUAAUAUUCAAUCUCUGUCCCCAAUCUCGGCUGAGGAGGAGUUCAGUCCGAUUGAAGAACAUUCGGCUGAGAUUCUCUUCUCACCGGCGCACGACUCGGUCAACAAAACUCAGGCACAUUCGCAAUGA